AUGGAAGGAGGAGAAGAGUUUCAAGAAGAAGAUGUGUGGUCGGUUCUGAAAGAAAGAGAAACUCCAGGUCCUGAAAUGCAAAUGUCCAAAAGUAACAAUCUCUUCUCGGCCUCUUCUUCAUCUCCUGCACGGUACAUUCCUAAGGGCAACGAGGUCUCCGGGGUAAAACAGUCAUCUGCUCCAAUGAAUGUUCCUGACUGGUCCAAGAUUUAUGGGAACAACACAAGAAGCAGCCAUUUUCAUUCACGGGCCAUUCAUGACGAUGCUGAUGAUGAAGAAGACUCAAUGGUUCCUCCACAUGAAUUGGUAGCAAGAAGGCUUGCAAGAACACAGAUCUCAUCUUUCUCCAUGUGUGAAGGAAUCGGAAGAACACUCAAAGGAAGAGAUCUCAGCAAAACAAGAAAUGCCGUCUUAACCAGAACAGGUUUCUUGGAAUCGAAUGUCGCAACCACAUCACCACCACCAUAG